CGUGGGUGCUGCCCAGGUCGUGGACGUAGAAGCCCCGCUCCUCCCCGACGCACUCCCCCUCGCCUGCGCGCCCGCGGAACUGAAUCACGGCGUGGUACCGGGAGAUGGACGGGUGCUCCAGGGCCACGUCGCACACAGACCUGGUGCUGGAUUGAAUCCAGCGUCUUUGAUCACCCGCCAUGAUGCGUUACUGGGGAGAGAUCCCCGGACCCGCGGGUGCACCUCCCAGCCGCAGCUCCUUUGACCUGCUCCAGCGGGAGUUUCGCUCUGUGGAGAUGCAGGACCCUCCCCUCCACCAGCCCUCGGCGCAGCGUCCGCGGCCCACCACCAUGCUGGACAUCCCCUCGGAGCCCUGCAGCCUCACCAUCCACACAGUGCAGCUGUGUCAGCAUGCCCGCCGCCUCCGUGGCCUGCUGACAGUGGCCCAGACUCAGGGUCAGAGCUCGGCGUCCAAUGAAGGUGGCAGCAGAAUGGAGGAGGCUGACGCCAACUUUCCUCCACGUCCUCCCACCCCACCUAUCAUGCCAGAUGAUCUGCUGCCUGUGGACAGCAAAGCCCCCAGGCAACCCUUCCAGCUGCGCCACAGUGAUCCUGAGAGUGACUUUUACAAGGGUAAAGGGGAGCCUGUGACAGAGCUGAGCUGGCCCUCCUGCAGACAGCUCCUCUACCAGUCAGUGGCCACCGUCCUGGCCCAUGCCGGCUUUGAGUCUGCUCAAGAGAGUGUUCUGGAGACCUUGACCGACCUGGUCCACGAGCAUUACCUGCGCCUCACCCGCCUGCUGCGGGUGGCGGUAGACCGCGAAGCGCGGCUGGGGGCGAGCCCCUUUCCAGACGUGGUGGAGCAGGUGUUCCACGAGGUGGGCAUUGGCAGCGUGCUGGCCCUGCAGCGCUUCUGGCAAGUGAGGAUCAAAGAUUAUCACAGCUACAUGUUGCAGGUGAGCAAGGAUCUGUCGGAGGAAUACGAGCGGCUUGUGAACCCAGAGAAAGCUCUGGAGGAUUCUAAGCCCCCAAGGAUUAAGGAGGAGCCCAUGAGUGACAUCUCCUUCCCUGUCAGUGAGGAGCCUGAGGCAGACCCGGCCUCUGGAGACCAGGCUCUGCCCAUUGGGGUCCUCGGGGCCAACGGUGAAAGGCUGGCUUCGGGCCUGGACAGUGUACACUCUCCUCAAACCUCGGGUGGGGGCGGGGCCAACAACUCCCCUCUGUGGCCGCAGGUAAAAAUGGAGCCGCAGGAUGGUGAGGACGGCCAAGGCUCAGGCCACCACCACCACCACCACCACCACGGUGUCCUUGGUGGGGAUGUGUUCGAGGAGGGGGGACCCAUGUCCACCAUGAGCGAAUCUGGAGGAGCCAUGGCGCCCUCGCCCGGUGGUGCGGCAUCAGACGCCAGUUACGCCUCGCAUUCGCCCGACUCCCUGAUGGGCUCGUCACCCGUCUUCAACCAGAGACCCAAGAAACGGGCAAAGAAGAUGUGAAUAAGAAGCUCUUUGUGUUGGAGCAGACGCAGUGGACUCGCCAGCUGUACAGUUUUAAACUCCAUAUGUUAGACUGCUCUCCAGCCGUUGAAUUGAACUAAUGGGGGAUAAAGAUAUUAUGUAGUUUUUCAUGUAAAUGUUUGUUUUUAUGAUUAUAUUUUCUCUCAAACAGCUGAAGAUGUUGCCACUAAAUAUCUUAAUGAGGUCUGUUUUCAAAUGAAUAUUUUCUCAAUACUUUGAAUUUUCUUUUUUUUGUGUGAGUUCAGUGUUUUUCCAAAGGGAAAAAAAUUGCACACAAAAAAUAAAGAAUUAUCUUUCAGUUAACCUAAUAAAUUAUACAACAGGAAAAAACUAAGAGGCCUAAAAGCAAAUCAUUUAGUUAAACAGCUUAAUAAUUUAGCAGAAUGGUUUGUUUUCCCAAGCUAUUAAGUCACUUUCUCUGCACAUACCAAUUAGUGUUUCUGUGCCAUUCAUUACUAUUAAAAGACACGCCACCAAUGAGGAAAAUUCAUAUAUUAUA